AUGGCACCUUCGAGAUCAAGGAAAAAGAAAACAACGCCAGAACCAAGCUGCUCCUUAGAAGUUCACGAUGUUGAAGGCAAUAACGAGAACGAUCAAUCUAAAGACUGCUUCGCCAAACCCAAACCACCGCCGAAUAUUUCUUCUUCGACAAUUCCGGGCAAAUACGACGUUGUCUCUCGAGUAUUCCAUAACAAUUUUCUAUAUUCAGUCGGAGACAUAAUAUCUUUAAGGAAUAAAAAUUCUAUUUAUUAUGCUCAAAUUAGAGUUAUAGUUGAAGACACUUUUAGUGAGAAGUACGUAGCUGUGAUAUGGCUACUUCCGACGCAAUGCAAAACUGCUGCAAGUAAAGACUUCAAUCCUUACACUUUCACUUAUGGACCGCAAGAUGAAUGGUUUUAUAAUCUAAACGAUGUAUCUUUCGUUAUGCAUCCGCCGAAUCAAUUUUUCAAACGGUUUAUUCCUCCUGUGCCUAAAAAUAGUGAUUUAAAUCAUGUGAUUAAGUACAAAUUCAAGUCCACUGCCAAACGAAAAUUAUGA